AUAUUAGCGAGGUCAGUGACAUUCGGAAAGAGGUUAUAAUAUUGUUAUGAAUUACGGAAUACGUAUAUCCAAAGGAAGGAAAUAAUUAAAACUUAAAUAUAUUUAUGAGAUCUGUCCUUAAUUUCUUAGGCGAUGGCGUCUCUGCUUAUUAAUGCUUUAAAAAAAAUUCACAUUUCUACUCCUCAAAUAAGAUCUUGUUUCUUUUCAUCAUCAGCUAUAUGUUCCAAUAAUCUAACUAUUACAAAAAAAGAUUGGAAAUAUCCCCCUCAAUAUACUAAACCUCGGGAGGUAUGGAUCGAAAAUAUGGACACAGUAGAAGAGAAGAAAUUGGGACUUUUUGAAUUGCAUCCUUUAGUGUAUGCUGCAACACCUCGUAUUGAUAUAAUUCAACGCAAUGUAAUGUGGCAAAGGAAGUUUCGGUGGGUUUCAUGGGCUCACACUAAAACGCGAGCGGAGGUUAGAGGUGGAGGCAAAAAGCCUUGGGCACAGAAAGGACUAGGAAAAGCGCGACAUGGGUCCAUUAGAUCACCUUUGUUUCGUGGCGGUGGUGUCGCACAUGGCCCCAGAGCUGGAAAAACACACUUUUUCAUGUUACCAUUUCAUUUGCGGAUUCACGGCCUCACAUCUACAUUAUCUGCAAAGUUGGCUCAAGAUGACUUACAUGUUGUUAAAGAUUUAGAAUUACCUUCUGAUGAGCCAGAAUACUUAAUUGACCUUAUUCAGUCAAGAAAUUGGGGCCCAUCUGUACUUAUUGUUGAUGAUACUGAUUAUGCACCAAGAAAUUUAACUGUAGCAAGUGAUAGUUUACCACAUGUUAACAUAAUGCCAGUGUAUGGUCUCAAUGUUUAUUCAAUGUUGAAACAUGAUACACUCAUUCUGACUCAGUCUGCUGCUGAAAAGAUUGAAGGAAGAAUACUUCACCACAUGCAUUCAGAUACUAAAAAGCAACAGGCUGAAUUCAAACUUGAUCAAGUAUAAUGUUUAAUAUAAUGUAAAUAAAACAGUUUUAGUUUA